AUGGCUACCAGGGAUGAGCAGCCGCAGCAGCUCCAACCCCUGCACAUCCUCUUCCUCCCUACAAGUGUACAACCACCCAAGAAAUUAGAACUCCAAUCGACAGAGCAUGCGUCCAUGGCUACCAGGGAUGAGCAGCGGCAGCAGCUCCAACCCCUGCACAUCCUCUUCCUCCCGUUCUUCGCCCCCGGACACCUCAUUCCGGUCGUCGACAUGGCCACGAUAUUCUCCGCUCGCGGCGCGAGGUGCACCAUCCUCACCACGCCCGUCAACGCCGACAUCAUCCGUCCGGCCGUCGACCGCGCCAACGACUCCAACUGCCACGGCACCGACUCCCCUUCCCCUGCAGUCGACAUCUCCGUCGUGCCUUUCCCCGAUGUAGGGCUCCCCCCAGGCAUGGAGAACCUCAUAUCCCUUACUCCAGCCCACGGAGCCGACUACAACUUCAAGUUCAUCCAGGCCGCGCAGCUGCUCCGCGAGCCCUUCGACCGGUUGAUAGCUGCCAACCGCCCCGACGCCGUCGUGUCCGACAGCUUCUUCAGGUGGUCCGCGGACGCCGCCGGGGAGCACGGCGUCCCGCGCCUCGUGUUCCUCGGUAGCAGCGUGUUCGCCCGGUGCUGCAGCGAGACCAUGCUGCGCACCAACCCGCUAGAGACAACGACGGCUACCACCGACGACGACCCUGAUGACGACGCCCAGCUCGUCUCCCUGCCGGGGCUGCCGCACCGUGUCCAGCUGAGGCGGAGCCAGAUGAUGGAUCCCAGGAAGCGGCCGGCGAUGUGGGCAUUCCACAAGGACAACGAUGCCGCGGACCAGAGGAGCUUCGGCGAGGUGUUCAACAGCUUCCACGAGCUGGAGCCGGACUACGUCGAGCACUUCCGCACGACGCUCGGCCGCCGUGCGUGGCUCGUGGGGCCGGUCGCGCUCGCCAGCAAAGACAUGGCUAAGAGAGGCAGCACCAACAACACGAAGGCACACGUCACCGACGACUGCCUGCGGUGGUUGGACGCAAAGCGGGCCGGCUCGGUGGUGUACGUCUCCUUUGGCACGUUCACCAGUUUCUCGCCGGCCGAGCUGCGCGAGCUCGCCCGCGGCCUGGACCUCUCUGCCAAGGACUUCGUGUGGAUCAUCAGCUCCGGCACAGGCACGGACGGGUCAGAGUGGAUGCCUGAGGGCUUCGCCGAGCUGAUGGCACGCGGUGACCGCGGCAUCAUCAUCCGAGACUGGGCGCCGCAGACGCUCAUCCUCAACCACCCCGCCAUGGGCGGCUUCAUGACGCACUGCGGCUGGAACUCGGCGCUGGAGGCCGUGAGCGCCGGCGUGCCGAUGGUCACGUGGCCGCGGUAUGCGGACCAGUUCUACAACGAGAAGCUCAUCGUGGAUGUGCUCAAGGUGGGUGUCAGCAUCGGCGCCAAGGACUUCGCCUCGCCUCUGGAGAGACAUGAGGUGAUCGGCGGCGAGGUGAUCGCUGGAUGCAUCGGGAGGCUGAUGGGCAGCAGCGAGGAGGGCGACGCCUUACGGAAGAAGGCCAAGGACCUCAGUGUGAAAGCAAGGAGCGCCAUGGCGAAGGGUGGAUCUUCGUACGACGACGUCGGAAGGCUGAUGGGUGAGUUGAUGGCUCGCCGGAGUUCUGGAGAAGUCACCCGGGCGGCGAGUUUUGGUACGCCUGCCGACUGA